AGGAGGUGACACUGGCUGGGGAUGGAGAUGCUGAGAAGGCCCAGGAGAGCCAGCUUGGUGAUGACUGGAUACAGCCGAUCCUGGAAGAAGAUGAUGGCCACCUUUCUGGCAUGGGUGCCUUGAUGGAAGGUGUUGCUUUCACUGGAUGGGGAGCUCCAGAAGAGGGACAGGUUUGCAGGAAAAAGUGAUGAAUUCAGCUUCGGACCCACUGAAUUGGAAGUGUCUGAGGAAGAGUCACAUGGAAAUGCCUUGUUGGUGGCUGGACUUUGGGGUCUGGAAACAGGUCCUGACUGACGUUUUGGGAGUUGUCAGUUUAGAGACGAGCCUGGGGGAGCAUUUCCUCUCCCAGGAACCCCUUGAGGACACACUACAGAUGCAGGAAGACGCUGGACAAGGACGGCCCGGCUGAAGGGAGGCGUCCAGGAGAGAUCAUGGCAGUAGCCCUGGAAGCCCGGGCCCAGGCCUCUCCCCAGCCAGAGCCUGAAGAACUCCUGAUUGUGAAGCUGGAGGAGGACUUGUGGAGACCAGACUCCCAACCCCGGGAGAAGGACCAUGACCUUGUUCCUGGCCCUGAAGCCUCCCGCCAGCGCUUCAGGCAGUUCCAGUACAGGGAUGCGGCGGGGCCCCACGAGGCCUUCAGCCAGCUCUGGGCACUCUGCUGUCACUGGCUGAGACCCGAGAUCCGCCUCAAAGAGCAGAUCCUGGAGCUGCUGGUGCUGGAGCAGUUCCUGACUAUCUUACCCAGGGAGGUCCAGGCCUGGGUACAGGCGCAUCACCCUGAGAGCGGCGAGGAGGCGGUGGCCCUGGUGGAGGAUUGGCACCGAGAGGCCCGGGCCGCAGGACGGCGGGAACUGGAAUUGUGUGCAGAAGAGACCAGGUCCUUAAAGACAAUGAAGGAAUCUCGGAGUUUCCAUCUGCAGCCAGCAGAUCACUGGCCUGAGGGACAGUCCCAGAAGAUGUGGGUGAAGAAUCCGUGUCCUGACCUUCCCAAGCAUCUAGACACCAAGAUGGUGCCACAGCCCUUGAAAGAGAGUGCUGUCCUCACUCCCCGAGUCCCUACUCUCCCAAAGAUGGGGAGCGUUGGAGAUUGGGAGGUGACAGCGGAGUCCCAGGAAGCCCUGGGCCCCGGCAGACAUGCUGAGAAGGAGUUCCGCAAGGACCCCCCAGGAGAGAGCCGUGGGAACAGUGUGCUCCUGGGAGUUCCAGUUUCUAAACCAACCAUCAUCUCCCAGCAAGAGCAAGGACCAGAAUAUUGGGGUCCAAGACUUGUAAAUUCUGGAAAAAAGAACCCUGCAGAUUACAGCUUGGAUACUGAGCAGACAAAACCAGCUCAGGCAUUGGCCUGGCAGGACUCCAAGGCCUGGGAAGAACGAUACCAGUGGGAUGUGGAGGACGUGAAAGUAUCAGGUGUGCACUGGAGCUAUGAGGAGACCAAGACUUUCCUGGCAAUUUUGAGUGAGUCUCCUUUUUCUGAAAAACUCCGGACUUGUCACCAGAACCGCCAGGUGUACCGGGCCAUUGCAGAGCGGCUGAGGGCACGGGGCUUCCUGCGGACCCUGGAGCAGUGUCGCUACAGAGUCAAAAACCUCCUACGGAAUUACCGGAAAGCCAAGAGCAGCCACCCGCCAGGGACCUGCCCCUUCUAUGAGGAGCUGGAGGCCCUGGUGAGGGCUCGGACGGCCAUCCGAGCCUCAGUCGGCCCAGGAGAGGCUGUGGCUCUCCCCAGGCUGGGGGACAGUGACGUGGAGGUGGAUGAGCAGGAGGAAGGGGGCUGGGAGCCUGAGGAAACAGCAGAGGACUGUAAUGGUGAUGACCUGGCCACUGAAGAGUCCGUCCAGGGGCCCAGGAUUCCAGGGGGCCCAGCUCUGUUCCAGAGCCGUAUUGCAGGUGUGCACUGGGGCUACGAGGAGACCAAGGCCUUUCUGACCAUUCUCAGCGAGUCCCCAUUCUCUGAGAAGCUUCGCACCUGUCACCAGAACAGCCAGGUGUACCGGGCCAUUGCAGAGCGGCUGUGUGCACAGGGCUUCCUGCGGACCCUGGAGCAGUGUCGCUACAGAUUCAAAAACCUCCUUCGAAGCUACCGAAAAGCCAAGAGCAGCUACCCGCCUGGGACCUGCCCCUUCUAUGAGGAGCUGGACUCACUGAUGAGGGCUCGGACUGCGGUUAGAGACAUGGGGACCAGCAAGGAUGCGGCGGGUCCCCCUACUUCUGGGCAGAGCAGUACCCAGGUUGUCGACCAGGAGGCCUGGGAUGAGAUGGGAGGUGAAGAUGCCAUCAGACCUCCAACACCAAGUCCUAAAACCCGAGACACUGGUUUCGAGAUGAGGCAUGGGAGUGAAGACCAGGUUUCAGAGCGGGACAUUUUUGAAGAUUUGCCUGAAGUCUUAUCAAAGUGUAGUGCAGAGGAUGAUUGCUACCCUCAUGAUUGGGGGGAAGACAGUGAAAAUGAAAAUGAAGGUAAAGGGCAGUGGGGAAAUCCAUCCCAGGAGCAGUGGGAAGACUGUUCUUCUGAAGAGGACUUAGAAAAACUCAUCGACCAUCAAGGCCUGUACCUUGCAGAGAAACCCUACAAGUGUGACACAUGCGUGAAAAGCUUCAGCAGGAAUUCACAGUUAAUCUCCCACCGGCGGAUACACACAGGUGAGAAGCCCUACAAAUGCCUUGAAUGUGGGAAAAGCUUUAGUGACCGCUCCAACUUCAAUACCCAUCAGAGAAUCCACACUGGAGAGAAGCCCUACAAAUGCCUUGAAUGUGGGAAAAGCUUUAGCGACCACUCCAAUCUCAUCACCCACCAGAGAACACACACGAGGGUAAAGCCCUAUAAAUGUGGAGAAUGUUGGGAAAGCUUCACCCAGAGCUCAAACCUUCUGAAACAUCAGAGAAUCCACUUGGGAGGAAAUCCUGACCCCUGUGGUGAGCCUGGGGAAAACUCCAGCCAAAGCCCAUCCUUUCGUGCUCACUGGAGGAAUUCAACAGAGGAGACAUCUCUGGAACAACCUCAAAGUGCCAGUAAGAACUUGAAUUCUCCUGGACCACAAAGUACCAACUCAGGAGAGAAACUUUAUCAGUGUUCUGAAUGUGGAAGAAGCUUUUCCAAGAGCUCUGCCCUCAUCAGUCACCAAAGAAUCCACACGGGAGAAAAACCAUAUGAAUGUGCCGAAUGUGGGAAAAGCUUCAGUAAGAGCUCCACGCUGGGCAACCACCAGCGAACCCACACCGGAGAGAAGCCGUAUGAGUGUGCGGACUGUGGGAAAUGCUUUGGGGAGCGUUCCAAGCUCAUCACACACCAGAGGGUGCACACGGGAGAGAAGCCCUACAAAUGCCUCGAGUGUGGGAAGUUCUUCCGUGACCGUUCCAACCUCAUCACCCACCAGAGGAUCCACACAGGAGAGAAGCCUUAUAAGUGCAGAGAGUGUGGGAAAUGCUUUAACCAGAGCUCUAGUCUUAUUAUUCACCAGAGGAUCCACACCGGGGAGAAACCCUACAAGUGUACGGAGUGCGGCAAAGAUUUCAACAACAGCUCCCACUUCAGUGCCCACCGGAGAACCCAUGCAGGAGGGAAGGCCUCAUAGGAGACACCGCUCCCCAUAGCAAAAGAGAGAAAUGUAUAUUUAAAUCUCCCAAGAUCCUAAGAUGUAUGCUAGAAAGAAACUGUCUCAAUUUUUAAACUUGGUGUGUACUCGGGGAAGUUACCUUGUACAAUCCAGGUAAUUUGGAAGUGAAUUACAAAUGCUAAGGAUCCAGAUUCGAAGGCAUUUUCCUGAAGUGUAAUGUUUUUUCUCCUGCAAAA